AUGAUAUCAUCUGGAGGAUGGGACCAUAAAGAGUACUUCGGCACAGUACUGAGAAGUAUGUAUACUCUAUUCCAAGUGAUUACCUUAGAGAACUGGGCGGAUGGCAUCGUUCGCCAUGUCGUGAGCAACGAGCCGUUGAUGGUCAUCUUUUUCCUCGUCUUUAUUAUGAUCACUACGUUCGGCCUUUUGAAUCUAGUUGUCGGGGUCAUCGUGGAGGACACGCUUGCUACUGCUCGGUACGGACCAGAGUGCCUCAACCCUUGA